GUAAGAAUGGUUUUACCACAGUCAACAUGAGUUGAAGUCGUUUGCAAAAUUGCAUGAAUGGUGUGCAUGUGUCCACAACGUUAUCUGGUCUUAAUAUGCAUACAAGUUUUUUUUCUUUCUUUUCCUCUUUGUUGGAUGCUUAAUGUUCGUUGUUCAACGUGUCAAGGUUCAACAUCUGGUGUUAAAUGUCAAUGCAGAUUGGAAAGAUAGCUUUGAUAAGCAAAGUGGGUAGUAAAGUAGUA